UUAAUUCACGUCCAAACUGCACUUGCGCUUUUUGUUGUUUGACGCAUCAGCAUAGAGAGAAGGCGUGAUCGGACUCUCGGGGAUGAACACGAAGAGUUUGUAUUCAGUGUGUAAAUAGACCCGCCUCCGUACGAAAAUAACCGCGGCGAACUGAACAGGAAACGUGUGCGCUUCACCUUCUGCUGCUCACCGAUGCAUGAAUUGACAACAGGUUCCCCAAAUCCACAUCUACACCGCAAUUCGCCGUCCACGUCCCUGCCGCUUCGUGUGAACUCAGAGGAGUAGUUAGGAAAAAAAUAGACAGAUGACCUCCUUUUACGACGAAAAAGAUUUGGUGGAAGAGCUCAGUCGAGUCAGCUGCCCCGAUGAGGAUUUGCCGUUUGAGUACCUGUUUGAAUAUGAGCCGCCGUGCAGUGACUUUGCAGGGGGGCACCAAGAUGACUCCAACCUUGGACCCCCAAAAGUCCUCAGUCCUGAAUCUGAGCAGGCUUACCCCUUGGAGGAGACCUCACCCUAUGGUAUCAAGUCGUGCAGCCCCGCCUACAGUGAGCACACCGAAGUUCUCACAGGAUACGAGAACCAGGAAGCCAGAAACUACCUGGACAGUACCCGACCUGCAGCCUUGAGCCCUCGCAUUGAAAUCACCCCCUCACGUGAGCACUACAGUCAUGGUCGGGACUCUCUGCAGAACCACCAUCUAAACAUUAGCCCCAGACCUACCCUUACUGUCCCGGGCCAUGAAAACCUUGCCUACCGUGAGCCCCAGUGCCUGAGUCCUGCCAGCAGCAAUUCCUCCACCAGCUGGCACUCUGAGAACUAUUCUCCCUGGGCGUCACCUUGCGUCUCCCCAAGCAGUGCGCAGAACCCUGGAGAUCUCUGCCCUCGAUUGCAGAACAUCCACACUGGCUCCCCUCGCACCUCCCCGGGCACCUCUCCUCACACCAGCCUAGGUGACGACGGCCUCGGACCCCGUUCUCCCUCACCGAGACCAGGCUCUCGCUCCACCUCCCCACAGGGAAAACGCACCUACGACAUGUACAGAAACCCAGGAUUAAUCCCUGGGCACCGGUCCCGCAGUCCUUCCCCCAAUAACGGCCAUGAAGAUCACAACAUAGGCGCCCACUAUACACACACCAGCCUUACUGAUGCCAUGAAUGGUUUUGGCGCCAAUCAUCCAAACCUGGUUCCCACUAAAAUAGUGAAGACAUCCAACCAGGUUUACACUCUGUAUCCAGAGAAUCAUGGCGAUGGGAACUACAUGGUGUCCUGUGAUCAGGACAUAAAGACCAAACCUGCUGCAGAGCCUUUCUUUGUUAUUCCUUCAGUCUGGCCCAAGCCUUUGGUUUCCAGCCUCUGCAGCAUCCCUGUGGCUUCUCUCCCACCGCUGGAAUGGCCGAUUCCUCGUCGCACCGACCAGUAUGAACUGCACAUUGAUGUGCAGCCUAAACCACAUCACAGAGCUCACUAUGAAACAGAAGGAAGCAGGGGUGCAGUCAAAGCCCCCACGGGAGGACAUCCUGUUGUGCAGUUACACGGCUAUAGAGGCAAGGAGCCUCUUGGCCUGCAGAUUUUUAUCGGUACAGCUGAUGAGCGCAUCCUCAAGCCUCAUGCCUUUUACCAAGUCCACCGCAUCACUGGCAAAACGGUUACGACCACCAGCUUCGAAAAGAUCAUCAACGGCACCAAAGUCCUCGAGAUCCCGCUGGAGCCAAAGAACAACAUGAAAGCAAUCAUCGACUGCGCUGGGAUCCUGAAGCUCAGGAACGCCGACAUCGAGCUGAGGAAGGGCGAGACGGACGUCGGUCGGAAAAACACCAGAGUCCGACUUGUGUUUCGCGUGCACAUACCUCAGCCCGGAGGACAGCACGUCUCUCUCCAGGUGGCCUCACAUCCCAUUGAGUGCUCUCAGCGUUCAGCUCACGAGCUUCCCAUGGUUGAGAAGCAGGACAUGGACAGCUGCUCUGUUCUGGGUGGCCAGCAGAUGAUCCUGACUGGGCAGAACUUCAGCUCCGAUUCCAAGGUCAUUUUUAUGGAGAAAACACAGGUCUCUGGCAUGGCUCCCUGCCAGCGCCUCAGCUCCAGCCUUCCAAACCAGGAUGCACGUUUCCAGCAGCAGAGCCCGGCCAUCGUGUACUCACGUGGAGGCAAGAGUCUGAGUGGCAGCCCUGCUAUGUGGCAGACCGGAGGGAUGAUGCCUGACCCCCACAGAUCUGUCCUGGUCCACACGGGCUCCCCGGCUCAGUCUGUGGGGCCAAUCAAUGCAGGUCAACACCCCUCUAUCAUCCAGUUCUCUCCCACCAACCACCACCUGAUCCGAGCAGGUGAACCUCAACCCCUUACUGGGCCUCAACCUGACAACCAGCCGAUCAUAUACUGCGAUAGCUAUUCCCCACAGGCAGCUGCCACCCAUUCGCCCACACCCCCCCAGGUCGCAGUAACCCACCCGCAGCACUACCCCACCGUGAUUCAGCAGCAGAAAGGCAGAACUCCAGCUGGGACGGGGCAGGUGGACGCUUCGGGAGACGGACAGAGACGAGUGACUGUCAAGGAAGAGAAUUUGGACCAGGCCUACCUAGAUGAUGUGAAUGAAAUCAUAAGAAAGGAUCUGACGGGUGUUCAGGCCAGAGGUCAGACAUAGAGGAGGGACUCCAGCAGGAAAUGACAACAUACCCUUACCCCCCCACCCCGCCGACAAACAAACAGACAGACAUUAACGGGCAGUCCAUCGAGGUGACGCAUUUCCACUACCAAUCAGACCGUCUCUUCCUUAUUUUUGCUACCCAUGGUGAUAGAAAUAUGGCUGCUGUGUUUGUUUUGGAUGUUUUCCUGCCAUAAACAUUUGGCAAACAGAAGAUUUCAUUUGACCCGUAAUGUCUGCCAUCAACACCCGACAGGUUUCCAACAGAUAACACCACUGAGGAAAGGCAGAAAAUUGUGCCUUACGUUGUUCAUGAUGUUUUUCAGGUGGAAACACUGUUUAUAACCAAAGAGAAAAAACAUAAAAUGUUGAAGUCCACAAACAGCAUAGCCAUAAUGUCCAGACAAUAAAGCCGCACCGGUUUGCCUUAUCAUAAAAGACGACAUCAACAGGUUAAUGUCGCGAUGUAAAGUCAUCACACGUACAACGUUCUUUGUUUUUUGGUCAUUUUUUUUCAACCUUUGUGCACAAAGUGCGUGUUUUUGUCUUUUUGUAUGUAUUUUUUUUUACAUGUAAAGAUUGACCAAAGCUUACGUGUUGAUCAUCUCAUUUUAAGUGCAGUUUUCUUGUGAAGCGCACACUGCUGCCUUAAGCAUAUACAAAUGAACUAUUGUGACAUCUCCUAAUAUGCACUGUUUUUCAGAAUGGGAUUUCAAUGUUUAUUAUUAUUAUUUUUAUAUAUUAUUUGUGAAUAAUGCACCGUUUCCUAUUCAUAUAGUAUAUAUUCAAUUAUAUCCAGGUGCCAAGAUAGCUUUAUGGGGACGUGUGCUUCAUUUUUAAAUGAUUUCCAUGCACAAUAGUUGAGGUUUUAUUUCCCAAUAUUGCAGCUAACAAUCUAACUUAAGUCUCACUCAUGCAAACUGAAGUGAGAUCAUUUGAUUUAAUUUGAUAUUUUGUUCUUUUUAAAAAAAAAUCGUAAUAACAACUCAGCAACAAAAUGUCCAAAGUUUAAACUGUGUAUUGUUUUGUGAAUAGCUGCAUUUUGAAUUUAUCCAUAAUGGCCAUCAUUAUGCUUGGAGCUAAUUGCCUGUCUAUUCAGAACUAUUGUGCUUGCAGAUGCAAAGAGCAUAGAAAUUAUUUUCUGUAUUUGCCGUAAAACAUAAGCACAAAAUAGUUAUACAGUCAGGAUUACCGAUGUGCUCGUAUAUCUCGCCUUAAAUAGAAAAGCACAAGUUUAAGUGUAAUUCUGAGUGAACAGUAGUACAUUAAAUACCAAGUGCCAGUUAUGUAACUCUAAAGCAGUAAAAAUACAUUAAAGUAAAAUGUAGGCCUGAGUCGCAAGAGUUAGCACUUGAUGUGGACCUAUUUGAUAGAAAAUAACUAUAUUUUGUUAUAUUCGUAAAGCUAAUAUUGAUCAUUUAAGGAUAUUUCUCAUUGAGCCAGUGCAGUACAAGUGCAUCUGACAUUUCUUGAAUGUAAUUUGUAUGAAACACCUUUUUCCCCUUUUGUGUAAAUAGUAAAUAAAGCGUUAAGAGAAGUCA